AUGGGAGCCAGAAGUAACUGGCGCGUUGUUGGCACCCCAGCACCACAGAGACGCGUCUUUCAGAGACCAAAUUUUGUCCAAUGGGCGACCCAUCGCUCAGCCCGCCUACCCAUCGUCGGAGCCCUAACCCCGAAGGAGGGCGUGAAGAUCGCUGUAACCCACCGAAGGGAGCAGGGGCGCUGGUUCCCUAGAGAAAAGAGAAUCUUCUCACGGUUUAGCUUCUGUUGCCUCUUGCCUCUCGGUUUUCUGGAAGAGGCUGUGAAAAAGCCAAGACUGGCAAAUUUGUCCCUCAAUCCAAGUCGACCUUCCUCAUCGGAGUUGGUGGAACUUCAUAUUUUUUAUGUCCCUGAAGGAUCAUGGAACUAUAAGCUAAAUACAAUUUCAUUAGAAUUUGUUGACAAAUUCAUUUCAGCUGGAUUUCUAAGAGUGUCUCUUCACCUUACUUUACAAGCCCUGAGGGAGCAUCUUGGUGAAUUCCUUGGUGAAGAUGCUGUUGCAGAAAAAUUUUUAUUUCUGAAAUACAUUGGAAAUAAUCUAGCUGUGGUGAAGGCAAACCAAGAAUCAGAACUGAAACUCAAAUCAUUUGUUCCUCCAUAUACUCUUCAACCAGAAUUAUAUUUGCUUCCUGUAAUGGAUCAUUUCGGAAAUAUUUAUUCAGCAUCAACAGUUUCUUCAGAUGGGCAGCAGACUAAUAAUGGUGUUGCUGAGGCUGUCAAAAUAAUCCACAGACCACUAAGGAUAAAAGAGUGCAUCACCUUACCAGGUCUUACUGAUUUUCCUUCACUUCCUUGUCAACCUGCUGCUUUUCCAGAAAUACCUGAUAUCUCUUUACUACAGAUUGAGAGAAGGAAGAUUAUCAAACAAAUGAAACGAGUAAAGGAAGAAAGAAAGCAUCUCCAAAGAAUUAGAGAAGAGCUAAUAAAAGUUGAAAAGCAAUAUGAACAAAGUACAUUGAAACAAUAUCAUGCCUGUGAUAGUUGGAAGAAAAAAUACCUUGAAACAAAGAAAGUGACAGGAUCAUUGGAGGAGGUUUUAGCAACAUUUCGAGAAGAUUCAGAACUCUACUAUAAAAAACUGCUCACGCAACUUAAAGCCAGGGAGGUCAAGAUGAAACCAAAGAAUAUGGCAUACAUCACAAACUCUAAGAAUUACCUUAUACUUCAGAUCACUGAGGUACAGCAUGCAAUUGACCAACUUAAGAGAAAAUCAGAUAGUGAGAAAAUAAAACUCAUCGUAGAAGCUAAGAUGAGAAAACAAGCAAUUUCAGAUGUACGCACACUGAAAGCUGAACUGACACAGAAUAAAAUUCAUACAUCUUUACAGCCUCAAUUAGGUAUGUAA